CCUCCCUCCCCCCCGUGCCGCUCUCCCCGCUGCCCCUGCCUCCUUGCCGACCCUCCUGCACUUGGUCUAUUUAAUGGUCUGGAGAUCGUGCUGCCAUGGGCCAGUAUAACAUGGUUGCCGACGAGUCCCAGCUUAGCGGACAUCCCCCUCCUGCAGAUGACUUCCAAACAUCGGGAUUCACUUUCGCCGACCCCAAUGACCCGAUCAUGCACAAUCCCUCGAUCCAGACCGGGUUCACUGAUGACGGCUCGGUGCUGCCUGUGAACCCCGGCGAUGACCCGAUCUUCUCCACACGCGUCUUCGAGCUGGCCAAUGCCGAAGACGAGGAGAAGGCCAGCGAGCUGGACCCGCGGGUUCUGCUGGCCGGCCUCAUCUCCAACUGGCCAUACUUCCUGGUCCUGGGCAUCAUCCUGUUUGGCCUUGCCCUCCUUGGCAUUUUCGCCUGGGAGCCCAUGGGCUGGCAGGCGUGGUUCAGUCUCUGCACGAUUGCCGUGGUGCUGGUGGCCCUCUUCCGAGAGCUCUACCCCCCGCACAUUACCAUGAUGUUCUCGACGGCCCUUUUGAUUGUCACCCAAAUCCUGACCCCGGAGCAGGCCUUCUCCGGCUUCAGCAGUGAUGGUGUCCUGGCCAUUGGUUUCAUUUUCGUUGUCGCCCGCGCCCUGGAGAUCAACGGCUCUGUGGACUCGGCCAUGAAGUACAUUCUUGGACACCCGAAGCACCUGUGGGUGGCCCUGGCCCGUGUGUGCUUCCCGAUCGCCUUCUUCUCGGCCUUCAUGAGCAACACCGCCCUGAUGGCCAUGAGCCUGCCCAUCAUGAUGGAGUGGUCCCGGAAGAUCGGCCAGCCGGUCAGCAAGCUCCUGAUGCCGGUUAACCUGUCCAUCAUCCUCGGCGGCAUGUGCACCAUCAUCGGGACCAGCACCAACAUCAUUGUGGCCGACCUCGUCCGGGAGAAGGAGCCCGACACGGACCUUGGCUUCUUCACCAUCGGCUAUAUUGCCAUCCCCAAUGCCAUCCUGUGUCUUUUGUUUGUCAUCUUCACCUCCUCCUGGCUCCUGCCGGAUGCUCAAAGCUCCUCGGGUCCCUUCAAGAAGCGCAACCGUGCCUUUGUCACCGCCAUGCGCAUCCCCCCGGGUAGCCCCUGCCAUGGGAAGACCGUGACCGAAAUCGGCCUCGACGGUCUGAAUGGCGUGACGCUCAUCUCGAUUGAGCGCCCGGUCGAGGGCGAUGGCACUCAGCUCGCCAUCGAGGAGGACUCGCUCUUCGGCGGUGCGGAGGCUCGCUCACGCUCCUCGUCGGGAUCCAAGUUUUCGGUCCUGGCUGCCGGCAGCCCGGGGCUGAUGCUUGCCUCGACCUCGCGUCCUGGCUCUCGUGCGCCCUCGCGCUCGGCUUCCUUUGUCAACAGCCCAUACACGGCCCCCGGCACUGGGUCCUCCUCUGGGGCUCGGCACCCGAUGACCGGCGCUUCCGCAUACCCCGUGGAGGGCCUAACCACCGAGGAGCUGACCGCGGCCUACUACGCCGCGGCUGAUGCCCCCCCGACCGCGGACACCCGGGCCCGGCACCGGGUUCUCUACAUGGCGGCCGAUGCCUCGGCCCGGGCACAGACCAUCUGCGAGAAGCUCCGUCUUCCGGCCACUCCCGGCGGCCUGACCCUGCAGGAGGGGGAUAUCCUUCUGUAUGCCGGCCUCGAGAAUGACAUUGUCCACCUCCUUCGGUCGGAUUACGGUAUGGAGCCGGCCGCCGUGCCGCACCUCCAGCGUGUGUCCGGGCGCCUGCGCAAGCGCGUCCUCGCCGAGGUGGUCAUCGCCCAUGACUCGCCGCUUGCCGGGCGGUCUCUUCGCCAGGCACGCUUCCGGUCCAACUACAAUGCCGCCGUGCUGGCCAUCCACCGUCGUGGAGGGCUUGGCACCCUGUCUGCGCUGUCCUGGUCAUCGGCCGGGCUGCUGGGUCCUGACGGGGGUCGCCUGCCGACGGAUGUGUUGGCCUCUGGCGGCAUGGGCCCCUCCGCCGAGCGUGCCGCCUUCUCCGAGAGUGAUCGGCUCCUUGCCCCGGAGAAUGACACCGGGGUGUAUGGCGCCUCGGCCACGGUUGCUCCCUUCCUGGACCCCGAGACCGGCCUCAGCUCGCAGUCCAGUGUUUCCCUGCUGGACACCCCCCUGCGCCCGGGGGAUGCCCUGAUCAUUGAGACGACCACGCACUUCCUGGACUACCACCGCCAUGAUCAUGACUUUGCUCUGGUGAAUGUGGUCCAGUCGGUGCCGUCGGUUUUCAAGCGCCCAGCUCAGUGGAAGCGCGUGGCCACCCUGUUGGUGACAUUGCUCAUGAUUGCCGUCAAUGUGGCCGGUGUUUUGUCCCUGUCGACGGCGUGUCUCUGCGCGGCCAGCAUCCUUCUUGCGCUUGGGUGCAUCAAGCCGGCCGAGGCGGCCCGGUCGGUUGGCGGCGAGCUGCUUGUGCUCAUUGCCUGCUCCUUCCCUCUGGGCAAGGCUCUGGAGGUGACUGGCGCGGCCAAUGUCAUCAGCGAGUCCCUGUUGGGCGUGCUCAUGCCUCUGGGCUCGAUCGGUAUCAUUUCCGGUGUCUUCCUCAUUACGGUCAUCUUUACACAGGUUAUUUCCAACCCGGCCACCGCGACACUGGUUUUCCCGAUUGCCUACGAGAUGGCCAAGGAGUCCGGCGUGUCCACCGAGAUUGUGGCCUUCACCUUGAUGGUGGCUACCUCCACCACCUUCAUCGUGCCCAUCUCCUACCAGACCAACGUCAUGAUCACCACCCCGGGCGGAUACACCUUCGGUGACUUUGCGCGCCUUGGUGUGCCUCUCACCUUCUUCUCCAUGGUUCUGUGCAUUCCUCUGAUCUGGCUCAUCUACUGAGGACGGGCAUCCUCCUGUCGCCUCCAGUUGCGUGUCUUGCUGUCCUCCCCCCCCCCCCCCUCCUCUCCCCCUCCCGUCUUGUCCCU